AACGUCAUUCAAGUAACUCAUUGAACCGAAAACACAUUCCUGGUUGGUUCUCUAGGAUACGCAAAAGUGUCGCCGUUAAGCCCAUUGCCGUUUUGCCCAACUAUGUCCGCUAUUAUUAGAAGAAUCGUUAACACCGCGAAGGCUCCCGCGGCUAUUGGACCUUACAGCCAGGCGGUGGUGGUGGAGCGCACCGUGUACAUCUCUGGUCAGCUAGGGAUGGAUCCAGCCUCUGGCCAGCUGGUAGCAGGAGUGCAGGCCCAGACCAAACAAGCUCUCAUAAACAUGGGUGCGAUUCUGAAGGAGGCUGGGUGUGAAUAUGAAAAUGUUGUGAAAACCACAGUUCUUCUGGCAGACAUCAAUGACUUUGCCAAUGUCAAUGAAAUCUACAAGCAGUUCUUCCAGAAAAGCUUUCCUGCACGAGCAGCCUACCAGGUUGCCGCACUUCCUAGAGGUGGCCUAGUUGAGAUCGAAGCUGUGGCCGUCCUAGGCCCCAUCACAGAUGCCUGAAAAGCCUUACCGACACACGCUCUUCAACUGGACAGAAAUCAACAUUACCAAACAUGUGCCUUGAAGAUUCCGCUCGUGCACAACACUCACAUUCUUCGUUAGGGAGGAUAUUCUAUUUCCUCCAUUUAAAUGCAGAUUAAUUAUGUUCUAAUCUUAAAGGCAUUAGAGUGCAGGGUUUGAUUAGGCCAUGUAGGGCCGUCCAGGACGCUGCUGGGAUCCGCACCUCCCUCCCUCGUCACCAGGCUGCUUUCACUUGCCUCAUUAACUGUUAAUGAGCAGCGUUUGGGGCUGCUCUCCUGAUAGCUGCGGCCUGUUUUGUUUUCCUCCGCUUCAUAUUUCAGCAUUGUGCUGAGUGGCUGAUCGUCCCUGAGGAUAGCUGCAGCUCCUCUCUAUACUAGUAGGCAGCUCAUGGAUGGCUUAGCUUAGCUUAGUUUGAUUUAGCUUAGUUUACGGGGAAAUUAGUAUUCAUUCUCAUUCUCAAAUCACAGAAUACUGGCUGUCUGUAAAAUAAUCAACUUUUGCCCGGUCUGAAUUUGUUUACUUGAUCAUCACUUGAUCAGAUUGACUUGACUUGAAUUUGUACUAUGUGAAAUUGCACUAUUUUCAUUGAAUAUCAAUACAAAUGAAAUAAAAAUCAUGGGAGUCGUA